CCUUUCCUCCCUCCCGCGGGGCUCCGGAGGCGGCUGCAGCGCUCCGCGCAGGCAGGUCCCCUGCUGCCCGGUCCCAUUUGUUGUCUAGUCUGGCUCGGGGCGGCCGCGGCUCGCGGAGCUCCGGGAAGCCCGGCGGGGCAACCGCGCAGCCACGACGGAGCAGCCUCGGGACUGGCCGCCCCGCGCCCCAUUCGCCGCCGUGCCCUUCCCCGGCGCGCUCACCCCCUUCUCGGGAUGGGAUUGUAGCGGCGGCGCGGACUCAGCGGGGAUCGCGGCGGAGGCGGCGGCGGCCGAGCGGGGCUCCAUGUUUUCCCCCGACCAGGAGGAGCACUGCGCUCCCAAUAAGGAGCCAGUGAAAUACGGGGAGCUGGUGGUAUUGGGGUACAAUGGUGCUUUGCCUAAUGGAGACAGAGGCCGGAGGAAAAGCAGAUUUGCUCUCUAUAAACGACCCAAGGCUAAUGGAGUUAAACCCAGCACGGUCCACGUGAUAUCCACGCCACAGGCAUCCAAGGCUAUCAGCUGCAAAGGUCAACACAGUAUAUCAUACACUCUGUCGAGGAACCAGACUGUGGUGGUCGAGUACACGCAUGAUAAAGAUACGGAUAUGUUUCAGGUGGGCAGAUCAACCGAAAGCCCCAUCGACUUCGUUGUCACAGACACAGUUUCUGGUGGUCAGAACAGCGACGAGGCCCAGAUCACACAAAGCACCAUCUCCCGGUUCGCCUGCAGGAUAGUCUGCGACAGGAGUGAGCCUUACACAGCACGGAUCUUCGCGGCCGGGUUCGACUCUUCCAAAAACAUAUUUCUUGGGGAAAAGGCAGCAAAAUGGAAAAACCCUGACGGCCACAUGGACGGGCUCACUACAAAUGGGGUCCUGGUGAUGCAUCCCAGAGGGGGCUUCACGGAGGAGUCCCAGCCCGGGGUCUGGCGUGAGAUCUCUGUCUGCGGAGACGUGUACACCUUGCGAGAAACCAGGUCGGCCCAGCAGAGGGGAAAGCUGGUGGAAACUGAGACCAACGUCUUGCAGGAUGGCUCCCUCAUCGACCUGUGCGGGGCCACCCUUCUCUGGAGGACGGCGGACGGCCUCUUCCACGCCCCGACACAGAAACACAUAGAAGCCCUGCGGCAGGAGAUCAACGCGGCGCGGCCUCAGUGCCCCGUGGGGCUCAACACGCUGGCCUUCCCCAGCAUCAACAGGAAGGAGGUGGUGGAGGAGAAGCAGCCCUGGGCCUACCUCAGCUGCGGCCACGUGCACGGGUACCACAACUGGGGCCACCGGAGCGACACGGAGGCCAACGAGAGGGAGUGCCCCAUGUGCAGGACUGUGGGCCCCUACGUGCCUCUGUGGCUCGGCUGCGAGGCCGGGUUUUAUGUAGACGCGGGACCGCCCACACAUGCUUUCACCCCGUGUGGACAUGUGUGCUCAGAGAAGUCUGCAAAAUACUGGUCUCAGAUCCCGCUGCCUCACGGAACUCACGCGUUUCAUGCUGCCUGCCCUUUCUGUGCCACGCAGCUGGUUGGGGAGCAGAACUGCAUCAAAUUAAUUUUCCAGGGUCCAGUAGACUGAUGCCCUUGACAGCCAUCUACGACUUUAUUAACAAGUUACUGUGAAGAUUUUUGCCACUAACUCUCGAUUUUACCUUUUUAUAAUGCUGUUUAUUAAGGGGUGGGGGGGUGAGGCUGGGAGGAAAGAGGGAACACAGCAAUGAAACAUGCUGGGAAUUAACAGAUAUCAGUGGUGUGUUGCAUGCUCACAACAGCAGCAUCGUCAUUGAAGUCUGCUUGAUUAAACCACAUCAUCUUUGUAAUAAUUGAAUUUAAAACACCAUGCUUUUAUUUUAAUCUUGGGUUUAUAAACUUUUUUUUUCCUUUGUAGCUUCGGGUAACACUUUCAAUCAUAUUUUACAAAUGAAGAACUGUAUUCAAAAGUUGUUGGCUCACAGUACACCACCUCCCUUGCUGCAGGGUGCAGGUAUGGCCUGAAGGACAGGUGGCGUCCGGGAGCCCCCGGCGCAAGCCAGAACCUGACCAGACACCAGAGGGGUGGCUCUGCGAAAUGCUGUGGUGGGCAGGGGACCUUAGGCACGGGCUGUGGUUUUGAAAUCGGGGGCUUCUUUUCUGAUUUGUUUUUCUUUUGUUUGGGGGAGAGAAUAUUCAUAUGUUGUCCUAUUUUUUGUUUUUGGUUUUGGUUUUUUAUUAACUUUGGUGGAAUUUAAUUAUUUUAUAUACACAUUCACCAAAUACCUUGGCACUUCAAACAAAGAAUUUUCCCUAACUUUUUAGUCUGGUUUUUGUUAUUUCUGUCUAAUACAUUUUGUCCCUGACACUCACAUCGUGCAUGGCCAGAACUGUUUGGGUGAUUAAAAUGUAGCAUCUCUUAGAAAUUCUUUCACCGCCAGUGAUCAUUGCAGUGGGAAACACAGUCUAGGUACUCUGACAGCAAGGUGAUUUGCUUACCAAAUUGUUUAAGAUUUAAGAGCGAUUAAAAAUGAGAUUUUACUUUUUAAAACCACUUGUUGGGGUUUCAUAAUUUUUUUUCCUUAAGAAAGCCAACAUUCUGCAAGCCCAAGAGCGACACAUCACAAUGACACAGGCGUGUUUAUCCACUCCCGCCCCGCCAUCUGCCACCUCCCCUCACGGCCUGUGGGCUGCAAGUCUUGAGAAUGUUUGCAAAUCAAACCACAUUUAAAUGUGAUCAUUAGACACACGCAGCACCAAGUGGUGCAUCUGCAGAGAUCAUUGGAAAUUCCUGAUUUAAAAAGCGCAAAUGAGUGUUUACAGAGGAUUAAUUAAAUCAGAAUUUCAGAUGAGCGCCUCCAUCCCUCUCUGCUCUUUUCAUUUCACUUGGAAUAAUAAUUCCUGGAUGCUCAUUCUGUGUGGUACCGGUCUGUCACUGCUCCCAGAAUGGGAAGAUCCUUCAGGACAAAGCUGGCAGAGAUGAGACAGAUCCCUGCCACCUGGAACGAGGAUUUAUUUAAACUGACAUCCCCUUAAUUGAGCAUUGCACGUUUGUGCUACACUUCUCUUAACUUUUGUAAAGCUGUCUAAUUUAUAUGGUUCUAAUAUACUAUAUCCAUACUUGAAUUGGUUUUUCCCUGUUUUGCCUACUGGCAAAUAUUUUACCUAUAUUCAAUUGUUCUAACCCAUUUUCAAAUGUCCUUUUCCUUAAAGUGGUAAGAUAUAUUACGCUUGACUGCUGCUGCUUAAUUUGACUUAAUAUAUAAAAAGUUAAGCCUCUCAGUUACAAAAUAGUUUUUCUUUCUAAUGGAAAUUAUUGUUUAGAAGGAGGUGUUUUGUGUUGGUAGGUUUGGAGUGAUGUGAACACCCAACAGCAGCCCUCUGACUGAUAGCUCGCUCUGCUCUGUGAAGCGUCCUCCCCUGCAGACAGAGAGGAAGCAAUGGGAUGGCCUAAGUGAUACAUCACAUGCCUUUUGAUUUAGCCAGACAGAGUCUCCAGUGUUUAGCUUUCACUGACAGAGUGUGUCCUUUCAGUCUGGAUUCUUUGGGCUCCACAAACUGGUAGAGGAGGCACACAGGCCCUUAUCUUGCUGCACAAGGUGGUUUGAGGACUCUGGACACCCUAAAAGCGUAAAUGGCCUUGCACACAGCAAGGCUGGAUUUUACCUGUCAAAAAAUUUUUUUCCAGAAAUAUGGUCUGAUACAAUUUUCCUUUUCAAGAAUUGUAUAUGUCUAGCAGUUCUGCAUACAACAUAUGUCCCAAAAUAAAAUUAUCUUCCAACCUGAAAAGCUUCUGACUUUUAGCAAAGUCAGAUAGCUAAAAAGUUGAAAUUUGGGUAAUAAAUUCUAAAGUCCUGGAAGGGGGAACAGUGAGCUGCCCUCUGUCAGCACUGCGUCUUGCCCUCUGACCUCCACGUGAGGUCCCCUCCCACCCUGCCUAAGAAGCAGGGGGAGGGCAAGUCUGCAACAAGGAAACUGUGCUCGUCUCGGCCACAUCUAGUCAGAUCCCCUUAUAAUUUUGGCUAUUAAGAUUUCUUUUUGAGUUGGGAGCAAGUUAGUUUGUAAGAAUAGAGAACUCCAGCUCUCCAAAGUAGAGUAAUGGAGUUCAGAAAAGGUAACUUCUCAAAGAUCACUUUAGUUAUGUCUUGCGUCACAUGAAAGGGUGAGUCUCCCUCCCCCAUGUACGUUCAUAGGAAAUCACUGACCGAUUAUCCUGAGCUCGGCCUGACCAAAAUGCCUUUUGUGAAUAGGUUUCUAGAAGUAUGGUCCCAGAGAUGUAUUCCCAUAGAUUUUUUUUUUCAGUUGUUUACUACAAAAAAAAAAAAAGAUUCAGAAUGAAUGGGAUACAACUCAAUAUUUUUCUAGUCUGGAAUUUUUUUAUUAAUACUUGGUGCUGCCAGGUCAUGCAUGCUGCAACUCUUAACAUUUCCCUUAUUUGGUUAUGCUUUUUGCAAAAAGGGCUACAGUUCACACUGCAGAGUAAGUAUUAAGCUUUUCGGGGUGGUUUUUCCCCCUCCCCUGUGGCCCAAAAGAAUUAAAAUCUUUUAAUAUAAAUAGAGAGCAUAUUUAUCAUUCCUCAAUAGUUAAUUAUAGAGUCUGGUACCUUUGUGCCUCAGGGAAGCCACGUGAUGUAACUGGUUAUAGAAUUUCAGGGUUAGGGUUUAGGAAAGGAGAAAGCCAUUGGAAAAAUGACGGGCUCCAUUAAGGAGACUAAUGAAUCUGGAUGCAGAAAUGUGCCAGGAACCGGCAUACACAUGAUUGUAGUAGAAUUUAUUUCCGGCAUCAGUAGAAAAACUGUUUUAAGUUAUUGCAUAUACUGAUCAGGAAAGUUGAGGAGGACUUUUUUUCAUAAGUUUCAAUGCUUCAUUUUGCUUACAUAGAAAAACUCAAACCCCUGUUAUAUGGGAGCUCAGUAUUGUUGUUUGGGCACUUUUAAGAGUUUAAGGAAAACAUUUGCCCCUUCUUAAUUUAAGGGUAACAUAGGUUACAGAAUUAUUACCUGCCCUUCUAUGAUUUUGAUUAACUUCCUUUUCUAGAGCCAUUCAGUUCUCCGGAUUUGCAUGAAGGCCGUGAUCACACCGUUGUGAGAGCUGGCUAAACCCUAGUUAUCUUCAUGCAGUCCUGCCUGGUGACAGUGGAGUUUCUGACAGACAAACCUCAGAACCUUGAGUUUAGGCCAGGCCCAGCUCCACCCCUUGCCUGUCAGUCUGGUGCGCCCAUCGCCCAUCGUUCAGCCUGCUUGGGCGGAAGGUGUGAAGUUCCUCCUUCGGUGCUGGAAGCGGAACGGGAUCCUUUCUUUAUGACCCGGUCAGAGGCUAAUGAGAACACUUGAGGAUCUUCUGAAAAGAAUGUAAGAAUUAUUGAAGUAGUGAAACAAGAAGUUUCAGUGUUUCUUUUUUAUGAAAUGUAUAUCCUCUCAAGUAAACUUUAGCCCUCAUGAACAAUCCCUAGAGGAAGGUAGGGAAAAGCAAAUAUUUCUCCAGUUCUGUUUAACUAUUUCUAAACAAAAUAAACUCAGUGAAAGGGAAGUUUUUUUUUCUUUUAAAGCUGAGGUGACAGAUUCCUUCUGUGUGUUGAAUAGGCUAGAAGUGCAGGAGUGGUCAUAUUUGCCAUGUAUAGUGUUAUGAGCGGUUAAAUUUUAUGGCUAUAUUUGUAAAACUGUUCUUUUAUAUUUCAUGUCAAAUUGAAAAAUUAUUUCUUCACUGUUGUACCUGUGGAAAUACAAGCCAUUUUACAGGAAAAAAAAUCUUCAAAACCUAUUAAACGGAUCUCAGUGUG